AUGAGAUUUAAAAUAACCUUCGUCACCGUUACCAUCACCUCCCUUGCGGCCGCCAUCCCCACUCUUCGCACCGAGCCUGCUAGUAGCUGCUCCACUGGCCCUGUUCGGUGCUGCCAGACCGUCGAGUCUGCCCAAAGCUCCAGUGCUGCUGGAAUCCUUUCCACACUUGAAAUUGUUCUGCAGGACUUGCAGGUCAUUGUCUUGUCGGUCUCGCAUGCGAUCCCAUUACCGGAAUUGGGGCAGGCGGGAGCAGCUGUUCUGCAGAAACAGUCUGCUGUGAAGACAACAGGCAUGGCACUCUCAUCUCCAUAG